UGAGGGUGUGUGUGCGCGAGAGAGAGAGAGCGAGAGAGAGAGAGACUCGCUAAGCAACGACCUGCCAACGCGCAUCAGAGCCAGUCCGAGCAACAAAAAAAGAAAAACAGGAACCACGUUAAUCUCGAGUGCCUCUGCUAUGUUCCCGACGACAUUUCUGCUUCGUCUGCUGUGAUCUCUUGCAAGUUGCCAUCUCUCCGGACGUCGGCUCCAGCAGAAGAUCCAGACGUUGAUGCAUCUCGCUGCGCGUCGCUGUUAGUUUUGACCCGCUACAAGGAAAUCCUGCAAGAGGGAUUAGCGGUCCGUCAAUGAGGAACUACCGGCUCAUCUUCUGCCACAACCUGAAGCAGCCAUAGAUGGUUUGGUGGUCCACUGGCUAAGGGAAGAGCAGACAGGACACACUUUCACUGCUUCACGACGUGAGGUCUCGGCGGGGCUGUGGUGAGGAGGAGGAGGCGGCCAUGAGGAAGAGCGUGUCUCCGUUGCCAGGCAAUGAGGGCGGGAGCUCAGCCAGCACCACGCGUGUUUUUGGCGUUCCUUUGGAGGAGGUGACACGCACGCACGCCAUCAGUGGCCACGAGGUCCCUGCACUCGUGAAGCACAUCGUCGACUACAUCGAGGAGCACGGUCUUCUGGACCUGGAGGGGCUCUUCCUUGUUAACGGCAACGCAGAGCGCGUGGAUUGGCUGCGGCAGCGCUAUGACAGCGGCGAGGAGGUGGAGCUAGAGAAGGAGGCGGACCUGGCGUCAGCAGUCAGUCUGCUGCGUCUCUUCCUGCAGGAGCUCCCUGAGCCGGUGAUCCCGACGGCCAUACAAGGACACAUUCUACAGCUUCACCAAGAUUACAGCAAUGAAGAAGAUCUGUGCAGAAACCUGAAGUACCUGCUGCAGCAACUUCCCCAGCUCAACUACGGCCUGCUGCGCUUCCUGUGCCGCUUCCUGGCCAGCGUGGCCUCCCUCCAGCAGGAGAGCUGGGACAUCGGGACGCUGGCCGCUGUCUUCGGGCCCGACAUCUUCCAUCUGUCAUCCGAAGGAGAGGACCUGCGGGACCAGGAGUCUGUCAGCAGAGUGCUGGCGGAGCUGUUGGACAACCAAGAGGGCCUGUUUGACUCCGAGGAAGACGACGUCUCCACCACCAACGACUACAGCUCCAUCAACGAACAGAUCACAGAGCUGCUGGACGACGAGAAGUGCGAGACCGAAUGUGAAGAGCUGCCUCAGGACGGAGAGGAGGGUCCCGUCUCCUCCUCCGACUCACCACAACACACACUCGCCGACGACGACCCCGCCGCCAGUUCCCACCUCUCCUCCAUAUCCAUCCUGCCUGCUGACUCUGCAGAGAUAAUCCAGCGAACCAUCAGGGCCGCAGUGGAGCAGCACUUCUUUGAGCUGAAAACCUCCAUCGACACCAACUACGACGGCCGGGGAGUGAGUCCCAGUGAGCCAGCAGUCCAGAGUCGUCAUGGAGACGAGGCGCAACAAAGUGACCCCGAGGACAGCCCCUGCGACACAGAAGGGGAGACCCCGCUCACACCGAGCGAGCAGCUCAUACCGCAAAGCCACACGGACACACAGGAUUCCUUUGACUCUGGCGACGUCCUGGAGGAGAGCUCUGGAAUGGACCUGGAUGCAGAGCUCGUCACAGAUGCUGAGAACAACAUCAACACCGCCAGGCAGGACAAUCAACCCUGUGACAACAUGGCUGACACCAUAAGCUGUGAUCCGGAUUCGUGCCGCUGUGAUCAGAAUGCCAACGACAGCAAGACCAACAGGAACCACCUGUCGCCAUGCCAACCGAAAUCUGGCCCCAACCCUCAUCUGCAACUGUUCCCUGACAGCCAAUGGGAAGCGUCACCCCCCUCCCAUGUCCCUCCCAUAGACUUCUCAUGUAUGCAUCUGCAAAAAGAAGGCCAAGACCCCGUCCCCGCCUUCAAAUCCUGGCAGGACGACAGCGAGAGCGGAGAGGCUCAGCUCUCCCCGCUGGCCGGCCGCAUGGUCACCCUCCCCCCCCUGCUGCUGCUGGAGGAGGAGGGCGAGGAGGACGUGGGGGAGGGAGGGCAGGAAGCCUCCCGCUCCCACCCUCACCUGCCGGCGCGGCGCUUCCUCGACUUCGGAGCGCACGGCGCCCAGCGGUUCCUGCAGCAAGACCUGGACGCCACCUCCCCCACCAAAGCGCAGAGGCCGCGGCGAGCAUCGUUCGGCUCCAAAGAGGCAAUGAGAGGAGGCGAUUCCGUGACCCAUCAACUCACCAAGAAACUUCAGCACCUGAAGAAGAAAAUCAAGCAGUUUGAAGAGCAAUUUGAGAAUGAAAGGAACUAUAAGCCUUCUCACGGAGACAAGGCAGCGAACCCCAAAGUCCUCAAAUGGAUGACCGACCUCACAAAGAUCCGCAGGCAGAUUAAAGGACGCCAGCACCACCUUUUACCCAGAAGCACGCUGAGGCACCAGGCUUUGCUCCAUUCAUACAGACGCCACCACGCUCCCUCCUUCCCUCCUCCCCCCCCCUCCUCUAUCUGCUCACCUCCCCAUCACACACUCACCCCCCCGCUGCACCCCUACUCAGGCCUGAGCUCUAGACCGUGUCACCUCAACGCCAAACACCGAGCAGAGAGCGAGCUCGGGCCCCAGACCCGUCCUCGGAGCAACACCUUACCCAAGAGCUUCGGCUCCACGCUGGAGCAGGAGGCGAAGGGUCCGGGUCCCACCAGGGAGGAGACGCUGGAGCUGAUCCAGCACCGGGUCAAAGGGAAGCGGCAGGAGGACGGCUGGCCCGAUGACAUCAAGAAGAUGACCAAGGAGCAGCUGUCCAGUGAGAAGACUGUCCUUCAGAAGAACCUGCUGCACUACGAGGGCCUGCACGGUCGACCGGGGACCAGAGAGGAGCGUCUGGGGGUGAAGCCUCUCUACGACCGCUACCGGCUGGUCAAGCAGAUGCUCACCAGAGUCAGCAUCACACCGGUCACGGUGUCCCCCUCCAGUAAGAGGAGAAGUCAGACCCUGCAGCCAAUCAUCGAGGGAGAAACCGCUCAUUUCUGGGAGGAGAUCAAAGAGGAGGAGGAGGAGGAAGCGGAGGAGGGGCAGGAGGAGCGGAAAGAAGAAGAAGAAGGAGAAGAAGAAGGAGAAGGAAGGGAAGAACACAAGCAGCAGCAGCAGCAGGAAGAGGAGCGGGAGGAGGAGGAAGAAGAGGAGGACGAGGAGGAGGAAGGAGAAAGCAGCGGCGGGGAGAUGCAGAGCUCCGAGGUCAUCAUGGCCGUCGACCUGGUGACCUCGUCCCAGGGCUCGGGGAGGAGCCAGAACCAUGGCGACGGGCAGGGCGACUGUCCAAUGAGAGCCACGGCGGAGGAGGGGUCGGGGAAGCUGGCGCUCGACCUGCGGCUCUCCAGCUCCAACGCCUCGUCCAUGCCAGAGCUGCUGGAACAGCUGUGGAAGGCCAGAGCAGAGAAGAAGAAGCUGAGGAGGACCAUCCGAGAGUUCGAGGAGGAUUUCUAUCAGCAUAAUGGAAGAUAUGUGCAGAAGGAGGACCGGGUGCCGAUGCUGGAGGAGUACAGGGAGUACAAGAGGAUCAAGGCCAAACUCCGCCUGCUGGAGGUGCUCAUCAGCAAACAGGAUUCCUCCAAAUCCAUCUAGCCCCGCCCCCUCCGACACCAGCUGUCACCACACACAUCAGCCUCUCGCCAGUGCCUGGAGGACCCGCCCAGGACGCCAUGACCGGGUGAAACUAACGCAUCACAUGACUUUGCAGGAAGCGGAGACCCACACUUCAUGACCUCCAGCUGCUCCGCUGCAUUGAUGUCGUGGAGAAACGAGCAGAAGGACCCGCUGGUCCAGAGCCAUCGUUUUAACUAAAGCCCCCACCGAGUACUCCUCAACGAGUCCUCAGGAGGCUCAGGGUUAAGGAAGCUAGUUUACUUCUGACCAGUUCCACAGGAUGUCUGUUGUCUCCUGGCAGAUAGAAAAAACACCUUGUUUGCUUUCAAGAGCUUUAUCGGCCUAAUUCUCCAAAUCUUAACAAGAAAAAAGUAAAAGGACGUUUUUAGUUUGUGACACUUUGAUGGUUCUUUGUGCGUUGAUGGAUUAGCAGAUCUGUGCACAUUUUAAGCAUUUUUAUGACUUGAUCAGUUCAUUGAUUUUAGAGAUUUAUGAUCAUUUAUUAAUACUGAUUUCACGAGUUUGUUUGAAGCUCUGACUUGAAUACCUUUUCCCCAUGACAUGAAUGCAGCUCCACCCGUUAACCUAAAAUCACUCCGUCAGCCACAUCUGGUCCUCAGCUGCAGUUUGGAGACACGGAGACACAGGAAUCGUCUUCUCUGUGUUUUGACUCAUCUCAUCGUGUCACAGAAACAACAUUCAGACCUUUUCCUUUCAGGACCUUUUUUCAUGUUUCCUUCCUUUUGGGACAGCUCGAGGACACCCGUCACUUCAGACACUUUAUUUGGGACGUCUUAUUGUGUGAGGAGUCCCUCCGUGGCGCCAGGUGAUGGAUUCUUUUUGUUCUGGGACACUUGGCUCAGCAUUGUGGACGCUUCGCCCCCCCCUGACUGAUUUUAACCUUCAUUCAAAAUGAGUUUCCUCGUUUAAAAGAGAAGAAAAAAGGUGUAUAAUACAUACGUGUUUGUGGAUCUGUUUGUGAAAACCUGAUUGUCCGUUUUGUUUCUUUCUGUUCUGCGUCUUUUUCUUUUUGACAAUAUUUGUCGAAUAAGAACACAGCGUUAGAAGUUAGUUUUCCACGAGCUUCUCAGGUCGUUUUCCACUCAAACGUCUGAUGUCUGAUGUCACUUAAAGACGCUCAUAGGAAACAGUCGUACUCUGAAUAGAAGAUUUGAGGAUGCAGCCGAAUAGAUUUGUUCUGGACUUGUUUGCUGCAGGAGGGUUUGGAGGGUCCUAAGGGAUUCUGGGUAAUAAAAGCUGUGGACAGGAGCCAGUAUCUGGUGCGCUGAAGGCAUUUUGGUGACAGGAAGUGGACGCGUGACCUCGUUGGUGUCAUUGGGACCGUUACUGAGUAACUGAUUCAUCUCCCUCCUGCUUGGUCGUAUCACACACACACACACACGGUGGUUAGCGCGGGGAGGGGCGGGCUUUCAGUCAUUUCCUGCUGGCAGGUGAAGGGCGUGCGAGGAGGUUGGACCUCGUUGGUGUCGUGUGAUUUGGAGGGAAACGCUUCAGCAGCUUUUGGCUCGUGAGACGUUCAAUGCCAAUAAGACGAAGCAGCGCUGUGUGACCAUGUGAAAUCAAAGGCUCUGUCUUUCCAUCUUUUUAGUGUCAGUGACGCUUGAGGAGAGUACGUGGGGGGGGGGGGGGUUGAUGUAAAAAGAUGUUAUUUGCACAGCAUUCACAGAAUGCAGCUCUUUGUGUUUUCAUUUAUUUCUAAAAAUCAAGCACUACUUCUAUACAAAUAUAAAUAUAUAGUGUAAAUAAAAAAAAACACCUGAAGGAAUGAAUGUCAGAAUUGUUUAAAUUAUUUCAAACAUUACAUUUGAUCCCCUUUGGUUCAUAAUAUUUGUGAUGCCCCGAGAAUGUGUUUUUUAAUGAUAAAUAUUGCUAUAACUAUCAUAAGCAUUACUUGUGUGUUAUUAUAACCCUUUUGUAAGCGCAGCUGUAGAAGCAGUCCUGUAGUCAGCUUGCAUGGCCAAACCACCGUGUGAAGAACAUGUUUAUGAUUUGUGCCAUGAAGAAGCAGCAAUAAUAAAAGUUUUGCGUGGAGGUUUUACAGUGUUGGUUUGUGGGUAAAAGUGCAGGAUUUGACUGUGUGAAUAAUUGAGGUACAACACUAUUUUCUGUUGGUUUUUUAGCUCAACGCAGGUGUCGUCUGCUAAAUGUUCACGUUGCGCUGCUGAAAAACCAAAAUAAGAAUAAGAUUUUUAGGCGAAUAGGGAUUGAAAAGCCAGCCAGAUGUGUCGUAUCUGAAAACGUUUUAGUAUUUAUCGUCAAACGAUCAUCGCUGGAUUUGAUUGGCGCCUCAGUUCCUUUCUAACAUUUAUUUACAUUGUGCCUGCGACCGAGUGGUAAACGUUGUCGUGUGUCUUUGUGUGUACACAAUGUUCCCUCACACGCAUGCUUGUUACACACAUCUGGAAUUCACAGCACACACUUCUGUCAAAGAUGCAAAUGAUCUGACCUCCAACGUCACUUUGACUCCUUAAAUCUCAUCUGAAGGACAAAUGGUGACUUAUGGAUGGAAAUGAGAUACUUUGGCAUCUUUGAUAGUUUUGCUGUAAAUUCCUCUGAGCAGAGAUGAUUCCUGCAGGUCUUUACUGUUAAUACUGUUUAAUCACAUCAAUAUACUGUAUGCGUGUAUGUAUCUAUAAAUGUUUUCUUACUUUGAAUGAUUUGUUUGUUCAUUAACAAAAAGCCUGGGCAAAAUACAAUUAGUAACAAUUAUACCCGAAAAAUAAAAUUUACAAGCUUGC